CUCUUUUUCUUUUGGCGAGAGAAGUUCGGAAGGCUCUGGAGGCGACAUGGCCCGCACAAAACAGACGGCGCGCAAGUCGACGGGCGGGAAGGCGCCGCGCAAGCAGCUGGCCACCAAGGCUGCCCGCAAGAGCGCGCCGGCCACGGGGGGCGUGAAGAAGCCGCACCGCUACCGCCCGGGCACCGUGGCCCUGCGCGAGAUCCGCCGCUACCAGAAGUCCACCGAGCUGCUGAUCCGCAAGCUGCCCUUCCAGCGCCUGGUGCGCGAGAUCGCGCAGGACUUCAAGACCGACCUGCGCUUCCAGAGCUCGGCCGUCAUGGCCCUGCAGGAGGCCAGCGAGGCCUACCUGGUGGGCCUCUUCGAGGACACCAACCUGUGCGCCAUCCACGCCAAGCGCGUCACCAUCAUGCCCAAGGACAUCCAGCUGGCCCGCCGCAUCCGCGGAGAGAGGGCUUGAACGGACCGAGGGAGGGAGGGAGGAAGAAGCCGCGUCGACACACCCCAAAGGCUCUUUUCAGAGCCAC